UAAGGGGCUGUGACUGUAUUCUCUGCAUAAAGAUAAGGGCACAGAGCCGGGCGCACUCGUGCUCAUGGCUGUUUGAUUUGUAUUCCUCCUUUUUACACAUACUGCUUGGAUUAUUUUACUGCAUAAAUCUUUAUUUUUGAAAUCAUGACAAUAUUUUUAUGUGGCUAAAAACUGGAGACAAGAGAAAUACAGGAAAGAUAUCGUGUGAUACUGACCUAAAACAAAAUGGAUGACUUGAAAACAAGAGCAACUAACCGAGAAGAUCGGCACAAAGGAACAUGGGAUCCGUUCCUGUUGAACCCGGCCGGAGCAGAGAAGGAGCAGAAAAGAACAUGUUUCCGUAUUGCCCAAUAUCUAGUUACAAUAUUUGUGGGCAUGGCUGUUUUGACCAGUGCUGUUGUAGCAAAGGGCUCGUUGCUGGUGCUGUCCACUCUGGCCAGUCCCAACUCAAUGCGCACCUCAAAGGAGCAGCAGUUCUAUAUGCUCAUGUUAGUCUUCUGCCUCGUCUUUCCCAACUUUCUGGCCUUCCUCAAGUCUCUGUGGAGAUGUGCCUUCAAGAGCUUUGUCACACCAAACUUCAAAACCAUGUGCUUCAUUUGUGCCAUCGAGUGCCUGGUGUCUCUGGGAACCUCCGUCUUGGUGCUGGUUGUCAUGCCUCAGUUUGAUGUUCUGACUAAUCUUUUCAUCAGUGGGGGAGUGUGCCUUGUGCCCGCAAUCCUACAGAUCGUAUUCAGACUUCAGGCCGAAUCUUGGAAAAUUGUCUUCCCGCUCUGCUCCCUGGUUUUCACGAUAGCAGGCUACUUCCUCUUGGGCCUUGACUACUAUGCCCGAGUAACAUCCUUCGUGGACAGACAGGAUGAAACAAACUACAUGUACAUAGGCGUAGGCGUUUUCUCGUCGCUGCUCAUCUCCCUCUGCUGGUGGGAAAAUCCAGUGCAAGCGUCUAACCGCAUGGAGGAGACACUGCGGGAGCUGGAAGGAUUUCGGGACUUUGUGUCUUGUGUCAGCAGUCUUCUAAGGAUAAUCAUUAUUGGAGGUGUAUAUCUAUUAUACUAUAAAGUCAUUGCCAAGACAAUUCUUUGGGAAGAUUUUAUAAUAGGGAAUGAGGAGUACAACCUGCUGCAAGUUGGACUAGGACUGUUAUUCUUACAGGCCUUUUGUGCAGCUGCUUGCCACUGGUUUGGUGUAGUGGCCUGCAAAAUCCAUGCUGUUAGGUUGAGUUUUGCCCUGCCAGUGUGCUGUGCAGGUCCCUCUGUGGUUCUAUUGGGAAUGAUAUUGUUCAUUACUGAGUCCAAGACACUGGCUGGAGUAGAAGAAGGGAGCAUCACAGAGUUUUGUGGAAGUCUUGUGAAUCUCCACGACAAAAACACAACUUCAAUGAUACUGUUAGAGAUCACCAGGAGCAUUUGCCGCACAUCACUGAACAGUCAUUAUGAGCAGUGGCCAUUUGCUAUGCUGGCUCUGGAGGGGUUGUGUAUGUGGUGUGGAUUCCUCACCUGCACUCACUAUGUGUGGAAAACAAAGGUCCAGCGCAUUGAAAGAACAUCACAGCUCUUUGUGCGAAGACUCUACGAAUCCUGUUUCAUUGACCUGUCUCUGUUACUCAACACUAAGAUGAAGGUGGCAAGAGCCAAAAAUCAAGACAACCAAGACCAAAUACAGAACUGUGUCAUCUACCUCUGUGCAACUAUGUGGCAUGAAACCUACGAUGAGAUGCUAAAGAUCGUAACAUCAAUGUUUAGGUUGGAUCGAUACCGAGGCAAUCCAGUGAAGCAACACGCUGACUGCUUUAACUUUGAGUGUCACAUAUAUAUGGAUGAUGCUUUUAUGGAUGAUAAGGAAACGGGAAAAAGACUGGUUAAUUCUUACGUCAGUGACCUCAUUAAUGUUGUCAUAGAGGUUUACAGAGUGUUCACACACAAAGAGCCAGAUGAAGUGUCCAUCAUUGAGACUCCGUAUGGAGGCAGGCUUGUGGUUGUGCUGCCACAGGGAAACAUGCUCUUCGCUCACCUCAAAGACAAGAAACUCAUCCGGAAUAAGAAGAGGUGGUCACAGAUUAUGUAUUUAUAUUACCUGCUGGGAUGGAAGGGCUAUCUCUCCAAGAAUCCUCAUAAAUUAAGAUACAAGAAAGAAAGCAUGCGAUCAUUGGAUCGGUACUCUGACCUGUCAAACCAUUUUAUCAAGGCUUGGGAUGACAUUGAGAUCCACAACAGGAAGGACAUUUCAGAUGACAACACUUACAUCUUGGCUUUGGACGGAGACACAGACUUCCAACCAAAAGCUGUGAUUCUCCUUGUAGACAGGUUACGUAUGUAUGACAGUGUGGGUGCAGCUUGUGGUAGGAUUCAUCCAACUGGAAUGGGUCCAAUGGUAUGGUACCAGAAGUUUGAGUAUGCUGUGGGCCAUUGGUUACAGAAAACAGCAGAGCAUGUGUUUGGUUCCGUGCUUUGCAGCCCAGGUUGCUUCAGUCUGUUUCGAGGCUCAGCUCUAAUGGAUGACAACGUUCUGAAGAGGUACACCACCAAAGCCACACGAGCGUCAGAGUACGUGCAGUAUGACCAAGGGGAGGAUCGUUGGCUGUGCACGUUAUUAUUGCAGCAAGGAUGGCGCGUGGAAUACAACGCUGCGUCAGAUGCUUACACAAACUCACCCCAAGAGUUUAAAGAGUUUUACAACCAGCGGAGAAGAUGGGGCCCAUCUACAUUAGCAAACACACUUGAUCUUUUACACAGUGGUUCAGAGACAGUGAAAAGAAACACAUCCAUCUCAAGACUUUACAUCUUCUACCAGAUGUUCACUGUUGGCUCUUCUAUUCUUGGACCAGCCUCUGUGACACUGAUGAUAGCAGGUGCUUUCCAGUUUGUCUUCCAAAUUGCUGGAACACUCUCCAUCAUCGUAGCGAGCAUUCCCCCUGUGUUCUACAUCAUCAUCUGCUUUAUCACUAAGGCCAACACCCAGAUCACCAUCGCUGGGAUAAUGAGUGUCCUCUACGCUUUUCUGAUGACGGCUUCUUUCUUCUCCAUCAUUGGUGACAUGGUUAUGCAGGGCACGUUCCUGACACCCACUGGGGUAUUUUUAGUGUCCAUGACCAUCAUGUACAUGGUAACAGCUAUUCUCCACCCAGAGGAGUUUGGUUUGAUCAUCUACGGCCUGAUGUACUUCAUCUGUAUUCCCAGUGGAUACCUCCUCCUGACCAUUUACUCACUGGUCAACAUGAACAACGUGUCAUGGGGCACAAGGGAAACCAGCAAGGGAGAGGCAGAGGCCAAGACACUCCAGAACACCCUGUGUGACAAGAACUGUCAGCUUUGCUGCUGGGACAUGAAAAUACAGGUAACCCAGGAAGUAGAUAAUGUAAUGUUUCAGAAGAUGGUGGGACAUCCUGCACUGCUAGCUCCUCCGCUUCUCAUUAACCCUCAAUCAACAACACAAGAAACUGCCCUACUGCAGCAGAAAGAUGACUCGCCCGAAGAAACAAUAGAAAAAGAAGAGAAUAAACCAGAUCAAGAUAUACAGCCAAAAUAUAAUCGAGGAGCUUCCAUUUCCAGCAGUGAUUACAGCAGCGAUAAGAAGAGCCUAUUGUCCUCAGACUUUGAUGACGAUGAUGAUGAUGAAAACUACAGUUCACUGGCAGAAAAAAAAAAAUUUCCUAUCAAAGAUUGGGUAAAUCCAGUGAAGAAGGAGUUCCUAACAAAGCUGACUACUUCAAAUAUGGCAAAAAACUUGAAGGAACAGAUAAGGUAUGUACUUCUCCCCAAUGAGGAUGAGCUCUAUGAGCAGCUGGAGCCGACGUUAAAUGACAUACUCAACUCACAGCUCAGCAGAGUCGGGCCUGAAGACAUCCCCUCAAACAGCCAACUGGAUGAACUGAGGGAUGCACUUACCAGACAUGCACGACAAAUCCUGAAGAGCCACCAUAAGAAAAGACUUGAAAAGAAAGUCAAGAGCGCUAUUGAGAAAACCCUCAAAGCCCCACAAGUUGAACAACUGAAUGAGGAUGAAAAAGACUUCUGGGAUAAGUUACUUGAACGAUACCUGACACCAAUUAAUGACAGCAAGGAGCAUCAAGACGAAGUCAGCAAAGAGCUCAAAUCACUACGAAACAAGGCAGUCUUCCUCUAUUUUAUCAUAAACAUUUUGUGGGUGGUUGCAACAUUCUUCCUCCAAGCAAUAGGAAAUGAUGUGAUCAGCAUCAAAAUCCCUAAAUAUUUUCCAAAUGGUACUCUGUCAGACGAGUAUCUCAAGGUUGAACCUCUGAGCUUGAUGUUUCUUCUGUCCUUUGCCGUUCUACUUCUGGUCCAGUUCCUGGCGAUGUUAUAUCAUCGGGUGUAUACUCUUAUCCAUAUUGUAUCUUAUCGGAGCAAAGAAAAGGACUACAUAGAGAAGGCCACAUCAUAUGACCCAGACAGGGAUGACUACAUUGAAGAAAACAUAGGAGCCAUAGAACUGACCGUCACAAGCGACGAUCUGCAAUCAUAGCCAUGUUCAUACUUUUCACCGUUUAACUACAUCAUGAUUUAUGUGUUUGUUUUUGUAAAAUGCAUUACAAAAAAUACUGCUACUACAUGUCAGUACUUGGCACUAUAGAACUCAAACACUACAUUUUCAUUCAUUAACUCAUAUCAGAUCUAAAUGCUAAUAAUUUGAAGUGUUGCCAAGCUUGAAAAAAGGCAUUAUUUUAUUGUUGAUGUAAUUUCAUUGUGUCUGUAAGUUAUUUGUCCAGUAAAACCUGAAAAUCAAGAUUUGUUCAUUCAUCCAUUCAUUCAAAAUACUGUUUAUGAAUAGACUAAUAAAAGAAAAUUAUUUGAAAAUAUUUGUAAGGUCUGAGCUUAUUUACAUGUAGCUGAGGUUAUCUUUCUACAAAACCACCUUGAUUAUUCAUAAACUGUAUUAUCAUGACGUGUAUCCCAAUUUCUCCACUGAAAUCACAUUAUAUUUAGUUCAACUUCACUUUUGCCUCCAGUCGGUUCAUUUUCUGAAUUUAUAAUGUAUUACAACCCUUUAAGAAUAUAUGUAGCACAAUUAAUUAUCUUUGUGUAAAACCAAUAAUUAACACUCAAAACAAUGAAAAUAGUUUUAACAUGUUAUUACUCAUUUGUGAAUUACAGUAGGUUUAUAUUACUUUAAAAGCUUGAG